AUGUGCGCCUUGUGCUUCCCCGUUGCCUCCCUGUGCUUUCCUGCGCUUCCCCUCUUCCUCCCCGCGCAUCUUCCUGAGCAGGCGAACAACCACAGCGACAGCAGCAGGAGCAACGGCGACAUUAUAAGAGUAACGGAUCCCGCUGCAGCGGAUGUGUUCUUCGUGCCCUUCCUCGCUUCGCUCAGCUUCAACAUCUUCACCACCAAUGGCAUGCGAGGGGCGCUCGCAGAAAAGGACAAGAUUCUCCAGGUGCGUUGGGGAAGGUUCGCUAGUCUUGACUAUUGUCUGUCUGCUGGCACGGGGUUUCUCGGCUUCUUCGUGCCCUUCCUGGCGUCGCUCAGCUUCAACAUCUUCACCACCAAUGGCAUGCGAGGGGCACUGGCGGAAAAGGACAAGGGGGAUCUCCGUGGUGGCAGUGGUCGGGCGGGCGGCAGGGACCACAUCAUCGAGGAGCUGUGGAGCGUGUUAAAGGUGUCGCCCUGGUGGCAGCGGUCAGGAGGCAGGGAUCACAUCAUCCCCAUGCUGCAGCCCAACGCCCUUCGCCACAUUCGCCAGCGUCUCGCCCCAGCCAUGUUCCUGCUGCUCGACUUUGGCCGGUAUGCCCAAGGCGUGGCCCGUUUGAGCAAGGACAUAGUGGUCCCAUACAACCACAUAGCGCCGCCUUACACUGAGCCGCCGAGCUACGGGGAGGCGCAGGGGCCGUGGGAGGCACGAACGACGCUGCUGUUCUUCCAAGGGACCAUCAUGCGGAAGGAUGAAGGGUACAUUCGCAAGCUCAUCUUUGACAUGUAUCACAAGGAGCCCGAUGUCCGAUUCGUGGAGAGCAAGAUCACCGGGCCACAAGAUAUUAUCUCGGCAGCAGAAGGGCUGAGGAAUUCGCGCUUCUGCCUGAACGCGGCAGGAGACACCCCUUCAUCCGCCCGACUCUUUGACGCCAUCACCAGCCACUGCGUGCCCGUUGUGAUCAGCAACAAGAUCGAGCUGCCUUUUGAAACAUCAAUAGACUACUCCGACUUCACGCUGUUUGUCUCCCAUGAGGACGCCCUGCGCCAGGGCUACCUGCUGCGCCUGCUGCGCACAUUCCCCAGGGAGAGGUGGCUGCAGAUGUGGCAGACACUGCAGCAAGUGAAGCACCACUUUGAAUUCCAGUACCCAUCGCAACCAGGUGACGCGGUCAGCAUGGUGUGGAGGGAAAUCCGCAAGAAGCUUCCUCGCGUGCGGCUGGCAAUCCACCGGGGGAAGCGGCUAGUGGUGCGUGAUUGGACCAAUGUGUGA